AAGAUGGCUCUCUUUAGAGGCAGUAGUAAAGAGGUUGCUAGAACAAUACGAAGCCUUAAAGUUGUACUUUAGGGACGCUAUUUUCAGCGACCGUAUUAAAGCUGCAGAAAACAUAUUGAGAAUGAUAGAAAAUCCAGUGAACAAGCUAUAUCUGCAAUUUAUGGCGUAUGCCUUAGGAAUAUUCAACGAACUAAACAGAACCAUGCAAUCAGAAAAUACAAAUGUACACAUAAUUUACAACAGGGUGAUGACCGUAAUCUACACAAUUUUGGGAUGUUAUGUGAAAGAAGAAUACAUUUCAAGAAAUGAUCACAAAAACAUCGACUAUAAAAAUCCCAGAAAGUACAUGGAUAUAAAAGAUUGGUAUUUAGGCGCUAACGUAGGGGCGACAUUAUCUUCACCAACAUUAACAAUCAGUCCCGAAGAAAUAAAAAAAUUCAAGUUCCGCUGUUUAGAGUUUUAUUGAGGCAAUUAAACAACUAUUACAGCGAUUUCCAUUUGAAGACGAUAUGGAAAUUUUGAAAAAAAUGGAAUUUAUGGAUCCAAAAAUAGUUUGUAGUGGCAAAAUACUAUCCAUCGCUGACAUAUUGGGAAGGUUCCCAAAUAUAGCACCUUCAAAUGUUAUUCAACAGAUUGACACCGAAUGGCGGCUUCUUCGGAAUACGAAGUUAAAUACUGAAGAUGAAAAUUUAGAAGUAGGAGCUUUCUGGAAAAAGAUAGCCCAGAUGCAUUUGGGUGAUGGCAGAAAAAUGUUUCCAAAUUUAACUUUGACAGUUUUGAGUUUUAUGUGCUUGCCACACUCAAGUGCAUCUGUGGAAAGGCUGUUUUCGCAAAUAAAUUUAACGAAAACAAAGUUACGGAACCAACUCUCUACCCCGGUAAUAUCGGGAGUCCUGCAUACAAAAAACAUUUUGAAAAAUUCUAAUUGCUUCAAUUUCGAAAUUAAAGACCAAAUUUUACAGAAACUUAAUAAAAAUAUGUAUUAAAACUCUCCUGAUUAUUUUUGUAAUUUUACCAUAAGACUCCCGGAUUUUUAUAGAUAUACCUCCCGGAAAAUUAAAUUUGGAUCUGGCAACACUGCGCUCCCCGCACCUUGCUCUCACGCCGCUGUGGUCCGAAGUACUGAUCAGUGCAAAAGUUGAUAGUUGUUUUCCUUUGUUUCGUUUUUUUUUUGUUAUAGUUAUUCGUUAUUGUAUUAUUUGUUACAGUUAUUUGUUUUCUUAUUUUGUUGUCGUUUUUGUUGACUAUGCCGCGAGGCAAAACUUUAAAAAGACAAAGUAGGAAGAUGGUGUAUGACGUUUACAAGUUUAUGGCGAAAGAAGCGGAGGAAGGCGUCGGCAAUUUGAAAGCGGUACAAAAACGUACCGCUGCUGCCACUCAGACAUCACUUAUCACGGUGAAGAGAAUUGUGAAGGAAGCAAAUAGCUCCAGAUUGCUGUCCGUGUUUCGUACUCCGGGAAAAAAACGUCCGAGAUCAAACCCCGUAACCGGCAUGGAUGAUUUUGAUAAAGGGGUGAUCAAACGCUGUAUUCACAAUUUUCAUGUAACAAAUAAAGAACUCCCUACAAUUAAAAAGAUAAAAAAUAAAUUGCGUGAUGACAUCGGAUAUCAGGGAUCCGCAACCAGUUUGCGCAAAAUUAUAAAAGAUCUUGGGUUUCGGUGGAGGAAGACCGAAAAUAAUAGAAAAAUUCUUAUUGAAAAGACCGAUAUACGCCUCAAAAGAAUUAAAUAUAUAAAGGAACUCGGAAAAUACCGUCAAGAAGGCUGCCCUAUAAUAUACACAGACGAGUCAUAUGUGCAUUCUACGCACACAACAUCAAAAGGUUGGUCUGAUCUGUCAUCGGAAGGACUAAAAAAAACAAUUUCCAAAGGUCAGCGGGAUGUCAUCGUGCACGCAGGUUCUGAAGAUGGUUUUGUUCCAAAUGCCUUAUUAAUGUUCAAAUCAGGAACAAAAUCAGGGGACUACCACGACGACAUGAAUUUCAUUAAUUAUAAAAAAUGGCUUGAGACACAAUUGAUUCCAAAUCUCCCACCAAAUGCCGUCGUGGUAGUUGAUAAUGCGUCCUACCAUAACAAGGAGGAUGAGAAUGCGCCAACUUCGAAUACGAAAAAAGCCGAGAUGCAAUCUUGGCUUGCAGAAAAAGGUAUCGCGUUUACUUCCGACAUGUUGAAGUCAGAGCUUUACGACAUAAUAAAAAAACACAAAGAGAGCCACAAAAUCUACAGCAUCGACAAAAUACUGCAAGAACAUAACCACCGCGUUCUUAGAUUGCCCCCAUAUCAUCCCGAUUUAAACCCUAUCGAAAUGGCAUGGGCAGCAAUAAAAGGUCAUGUCAGUAGUAAGAACGUGAAGUGGAACAUUACAAGAGUUAUGGAGUUGGUGAAGGAGAAGGUAGACCAAAUGGGUCCAAAUGAAUGGAAAGCUUUAUGUGAAAAAACGAAAAAAAUAGAAAAUGAAUACAUUGAAAAUGAUCACAUUAUUGACGAUUUAACAGAUCAGGAAAUAAUAAUAGCAGUUGGCGCUUCUUCUGAUGAUAGUGACAGUGACACGGAGAAUAGUGAAAAUAGCUCCGACGAAGAUGAAAUAGUCGCACCACAGCCAAGCACAAGUGGGACAGCUCGUGAUAGUGGUUGCCAUCGCACCGACGAGUACAUAAGCGGUGUACGUUUUAUAAACUAUGAAGACAGCGAUAGCGAUUUCGAUAUGCAAUAAAAUAUUUUAUUAAUCCGAACUAAUUGUUUUAUUUAACUAUUUUGAACGCGACUGUACAUGCGCGAAAUCCUCUCUACUAGCAUCUGACAGGUCUCAUCUUUGGCUGCGCGCAUUGUACUAAAUCUACAGUUUAAAUGUUAUGUUGAUUAAAAAAAUUUGAAAUAAAUUUGUAAAACCAUACA